AUGGGAUCACUGUAUACCAGCGAGCUCUCUCGAGCGGUUUCUGAAAGUGUCGCUGCAGCGUUGCAGCGAAGCUUCCAGGGCGAACUUCGCAGCGCAAGUGCACUGGGUAGCGGCUGGUCGACGAGCGCGGAGCUUUUGAAUCGGAACGACUCUACCGAGCGCUACUUUGUGAAACUUAGUGAGCCACAGGCGGUAUCCAUGUUCAGUGCUGAGUUUGAAGGCAUUCAGGCUAUGGCGGAGUCCGAGACGGUUCGGGUACCAGCGCCGAUCUGCUAUGGAAACACCGCAGAACGGUCGUUCAUCGUUCUCGAAUACCUCGAGCUAGGCGGAAUCGGUAACGAGGCUGUCUAUCGAGACUUUGGCGAGAAGCUUGCGGCGAUGCAUCGUUGCUCUUCCGGUGGCCGCGGGUACGGGUGGCACCGCGGAAACACUAUUGGUUCGACGCCCCAGCUCAAUACCUGGAUGCACAGCUGGGCCGACUUUUUCGUGGAGAAUCGCCUUCGCUAUCAGCUCAAGCUGGCACGGUCUCGCCAAGGCGGACGUUUGCGUAACGAAGAUGCGCUUCUGCAACGAGUGCACUCGGUCCUACAGGAGCAUGAAAUUCAGCACCAGGUGACGCCUUCCCUGGUGCAUGGCGAUCUGUGGACCGGCAACGUAGCGACGUUGCGGAACCAGAAUGAGGUCGUCAUCUUUGAUCCCGCAACUUACUAUGGGGACCGCGAAGUGGAUCUCGCCAUGACUGAGCUCUUUGGCCGCCUGCCUCGUGCAUUUUACCAGGCCUAUGACGCUAGCUGGCCCUUGCCAAAAGGUUACCGCGAGAAACGUCGUGUGAUUUAUAACCUUUACCAUAUUCUGAAUCAUGGCGCCCUGUUUGGUGGCGGAUACUAUGACCAAGCGCAGUCCAUGAUCGAAACGAUCCUACGGUGA